AUGAGGGGAGUGGGCGGGCCCUUAUUGUGUAUAGGCGAUCUGCUGAACGAUGUCGGAGAGGGGGAUUCUGGUGUACCACACGACCACCCUACUCCGCCGCCUGCUGCGGCUGACACUUCGAAUCUGCAGCCUUCUGAUCUUCCCAAGCUCUUCCAGGAAAACUUUGACCAAUUGAAAGCAGCAUUUGACGGUGAAGAUCACUCAUGGACAGCACUUACGCUUAAGCUGUGCUCUGCUAUGGAAACUGCAAACAAAUUGAUUGAAUCUUCCAAUUCUCGUGUUAGCAUUUUGUCAGAGAACGUCGAGGAUCUUGAGAAAAUCGUAACCAGGAGAGAUUCAGCCAUAGCUGCAGUGGACGACAUUCAAGGUUCUCUUAAGGUUAAGGAUCUUUCCAAUGUAAAUUCUACGAAAUGA